AUGUUCAGCCUGUUCCAGUUCCCUAGCCGUCGGCCGACCCCACUGAUGCUCAGCCUGUUCCAGUUCCCAUGCUCUCGACUGCCCUUGCCAACACCCAGCCUGUUCCCGAGCUGUCGACCACCCUUGCCGACACACACCAUUGGCCGCCCUUGCCAACACCAAGCCUGUUUCCGAGCCACUGGCUGCACCUGCCAACACCCUGCCAGAUCUUCAGUAGUCUACCACCCCCGCCAACAUCUUGACAGAUCAGCCGCCUUCACUGACAUCCUGCCAGACCUUGAGCAGUCAGCCAUCUUUGCCGACACCCUGCCAGACCUUCAUCAGUCGGCUGUCUCUGCCGACCCCCUGCCUCUUGGCCGCCCUUCUAAGUGGCUUUGUCGAACCCUCAGCCCUCAAGGCCCUGAGCAUCUCUCAACCUCUAGAGCAGCUCCGCCUACAUCAUCGACCUCCAGAGUGACUCUGCAAACGUUGUCCACCUCCAGAGUGGCUCCGCCCAUCUGUCCUACUGUCUGGUCGACCUCCAGAGCAGCUCCGCUCAUCUGUCCUGCCAUCUGGUCAACUUCCAGAGUGGCUCCACCCAUCUGUCCUGCCUUCAUCUUCUCCCGAGCGGUCCCACCUGUCUGUCCUGGCUACCAGUUGAACCUCCUGAGCGACUCCACCUGUCUUUCCUGUCUUCCAGUCAUGUUUUCCAGCGGUCCAUCUGACGAUCCUUGCUGUGCCCCUGUUCUGUCCUUAGGCUGUCCGCCUGAGCUCCCCUGCCCUGCUCAUCUCCGAUUCCACUCCAGACCUGCUCUCCGUGCCCCAGCUUGCCUCAGCCCCUGGAUCCCGGCUACCAGCCCAAGCCUCAGGUUCCCAGCUUCCAACCCAAGCCCCAAGUUCCCACCUCGCCUAUGUCUGCACUUGAGUUCACCUGCUCUGCCCCACGUAACAGAAUUAGUUUGGUUUAGUAACAAACAGGAAAGCGAAGUUUUGUGUUUCUUGAUUAUAACUGCAGUUCUGUGGCUUUUUCUUGUCUCUGGAGGUUGUAAAGUACUUAAAUUAGACAGAUCAGGGAGCAGUUGUUUUGUGUAUGUGGUGCAUUUGUUUUGUUUUUGUGGCUCACGCACUUCCCAAAAUAUACCCAAAUUACAGGAGGGAAAAGCUUCUGGUUGUGAUUGA